AUGGAAGCAUUCAGACAGACGCUUGCCUAUUAUGGACUUGGUGAUUUGGGCUUUGAGGGCUCCCUUUUUACUUGGUGCAAUAACAUUGAGGGUCCUAACUUCACAAGAGAAAGAUUGGAUAGGGGACUAGCAAACUGUGCAUGGCAGGACCUUUUUUACUCUAAUUCAGUUUCCAUCCUCCCUACCAUCUGUUCUGAUAACAACCCUCUUCUCAUAUCGAGUUCCUCAUUUACUCCAUCUUUUAUCAAAAACAAAAGAGUUUUUAGAUAUGAAGCUUCGUGGGCCAAACAAGAGGGUUGUGAGUUUGUGAUCAAAAGGGCUUGGCAUGGCUCACUACAAUCGGGUUCCAAGGCAGAUGUCACUAGAAGGGGACUUGAGAGAUGCAGAUUCCAAUUGAGAGAGUGGUAUAAUUGGAUUAGAAAUUCUCAUCAACAAGACCUAAAUACUGAAACUGAACUGUUGAGAUCUUUGCAAGCUUCCAACUCUGGGUUGGAUAAUGACCAGAUUCGAAUUGUACAGAAGGAAUUGGAUGUGUCUUUAGAGGCAAUGGACCUUAAGUGGAGGCAAAGAGCCAAACAAAGAUGGCUCAAGGAUGGUGAUAGGAACACCAAAUUUUUUCACAAAUGUGCAUCGAUUAGAAAACAGAAAAAUUUUAUACAGAAACUCCAAACUGAUUUGGGACAGACCUUGACAAAUUCGGAUGAUAUUGGGAGUGAAUUCCAAUCAGCUUUUAGAGAUCUCUUUACGACCUCCAACCCUACAGCUCUUGAUUCUCUAUUGGAAAACUACAGACCAACGGUCACGCAAGAGAUGAAUUCUUCCCUAACAAAAGCUUACUUUAGAGAGGAGAUUGAGCUAGCAUCUUUCAUGUGA